AUGAUGUCCAAAGAAGAUCAACCUCUCUUAGGAGGUGACAGCUUAUCGUGUUACAACAACACUAAGAAACAAUCAAAUAAGAAAAAAACCUUAUCUUAUUUACUUAAUGUCAUAACCUUAUCAUUCAUUGCCUAUCUUUAUUUAUUCCCAUUAACAACAACUAACAACAACUACAAUGAAGAAGUCCCAAAGGUUGAUCGUUUGAAGAAGAAGAACAUCAUCAUGAUGGUUACUGAUGGUAUGGGCCCUGCUUCUAUGUCAGCUGCUAGAUCUUUUAGACAAUUUAGAGACGAAUUACCAAUUAAUGAUAUCUUAACCCUUGAUAAAUUCUUGAUUGGAUCUUCUCGUACCAGAUCCUCAAGUUCUUUGGUUACUGACUCAGCUGCUGGUGCAACUGCUUUCUCAUGUGCCUUAAAGUCUUACAAUGGUGCCAUUGGUGUUUCCCCAGAUCAAACCCCAUGUGGUACAAUCUUGGAAGCUUUGAAAUUACAAGGAUAUUAUACCGGGUUAGUUGUUACUACAAGAAUUACUGAUGCUACCCCAGCUGCAUUCAGUUCCCAUGUUGACUUUAGAUCUCAGGAAGAUUUGAUUGCUCAGCAACAAAUUGGGGAAUAUCCUUUAGGUAGAAUGGUUGAUUUGAUUUUAGGUGGUGGUAGAUGUCAUUUCUACCCUUCUUCAAUUAAAGGUGGUUGUCGUUCUGACGAUAGAAACUUGAUUGAAGAAGUUACCGAAAAUGGAACUUGGAAUUAUGUUGGUGAUAGAGCAAGUUUCGAUCAAUUAGCUGGCGGUCAUAAUGUUUCUUUCCCAUUGUUAGGUUUAUUAGCUGAUACUGAUAUCCCAUAUGAUAUUGAUCGUGAUCCAAAGGAAUAUCCAUCAUUGGCUGAACAAGUUAAAGUCGCCUUAACCGCUUUAUCCAAAGCUACUGAAGACUCGGAACAAGGUUUCUUCUUGUUAAUUGAAGGUUCAAGAAUCGACCAUGCUGGUCACCAUAAUGACCCAGCAGCUCAAGUCAGAGAAGUUUUGGCUUAUGAUGCUGCAUUUGCCGAAGUCAUUAAGUUCAUUGACGAGUCUGAAGUUGACACUAUUGCAAUCUCUACCAGUGAUCAUGAAACUGGUGGGUUAGUCACUGCAAGACAAGUCAGUAAGGAUUACCCAGACUACUUGUGGUACCCAGAAGUGUUAUUUAACAGUCACAACUCCGGUGAUUUCUUGGCUAGCAAGAUCGUAGAAUAUAAAGAUAAGGAUGAUACUAAGAAAUUUACUGAAUUCAUCACCAAGGAAAUUUUAGAAUCCAAGAUGGGAAUUAAGGAUUAUACUAAAGAAGAAGUUGAAUUGAUCUUAAGCAAUGCCAACAACCAAGGUCAAUUACUCUAUGUCUUGAAUGAUAUCUUAUCAAUCAGGGCUCAAAUCGGUUGGACUACCCAUGGUCAUUCCGCAGUUGAUGUCAAUAUCUACGCCUACACCAAUUCCCCAGCCAUUAAUGCCAAAUUACAUUCCAAGAAACCAUAUGAAGGAUUAGCAGGUAAUCACGAAAACAUCGAAAUUGGUUCAUUUAUGGAAUCUCUCACCAAUGCCGAUUUAUCGAGAAUUACAGAAAUGGUUAAGCAUACCCAUCAUUCAUCAAAGAAGGGACCAAAGGCUGCUGCUGCAGAAGUUGAUCGCUACCAUAUUAACGCUGUUCAUGACUUAUAA